AUGUCGUUAUUCUCAAAUACUAACAUGAGUCAUGUCUUUACUUACAAUUCAAACAAGCUUUUUAUUGGAAAUAUAAGGAGUCCCACAAUCAAUAUGAGGGCAGUCCUCUCAGUAAUUGAAACACCAAUAUCCUCGAAUACUAAUCAUUUUCAUAAAUAGAUUCCAGCAACUGAUGAAGUUGAAUUUAAAUUGAAUCGUUACUUUGAUGAAGGAGCUGAUUUCAUUCACAAUCAUUUGAAAUAUGGUAAUGUCUUAGUUCAUUGUUAUGCUGGCAUAUCUAGAUCUGCAUCCUUGGUAGUGGCUUAUUUAAUCAAAUACCACAAUUACACUACCCUGACUGCAGUUAGAUUUUUGCAGAAAUCCAGACCAAUCAUAGAACCAAAUGAUGGAUUUAUUGCUUAACUGAAAGAAUAUGAAAACAGAGGAAAAACAGUAAGGUCAUAUCUAACCAAGGAAUCAAAAUAAGAGAAAUAAGACGAGAUCAAACCAUUCCAUAGACCAGUCAAAUCAUUUCUAUCAUCAAGAAUGAAGACCUUAUUUUGA